UCGCCCUCUGCAGCCGAGCGGCGAAUGUUCUUUUAAAGGAUUUUUGAAGAGGAAGUUCUUCUUUUUUUUUAAUGGCUUUACAGAAUCUUAAAUAGAAUACCAUUUGACAUGACGGCAAAACACGUUGGUUUGACUUCCACAAAUGCAGAACUAAGAGGAUUUAUAGAUCAGAAUCUCAGUCCAACAGAAGGUAACAUUUCAUUUGUCGCAUUUCCAGCUCCCAACACCAACUCACCAACAAAGAUUUUACCAAAAACCUUAGGACCAAUAAAUGUGAAUGUUGGACCCCAAAUGAUUAUAAGCACACCACAGAGACUAACCAGUUCAGGAAGUGUUCUGAUUGGGAGUCCGUAUACCCCUGCACCAGCAAUGGUUACUCAGACACACAUAGCAGAGGCUACUGGCUGGGUCCCAGGUGAUAGAAAACGGGCUAGAGAAUUUAUAGACUCAGAUUUUUCAGAAAGUAAACGAAGCAAAAAAGGAGAUAAAAAUGGAAAAGGCUUGAGACAUUUUUCAAUGAAAGUGUGUGAGAAAGUUCAGCGGAAAGGAACAACGUCAUAUAAUGAAGUAGCUGAUGAGCUGGUAUCAGAGUUCACCAAUUCAAAUAACCAUUUGGCAGCUGAAUCGGCUUAUGAUCAGAAGAAUAUUAGACGAAGAGUUUAUGAUGCUUUAAAUGUGCUAAUGGCAAUGAACAUAAUUUCAAAGGAAAAAAAAGAAAUCAAGUGGAUUGGCCUCCCUACCAACUCUGCUCAGGAAUGUCAAAACCUGGAAAUAGAGAAGCAGAGGCGGAUAGAACGGAUAAAGCAGAAGCGGGCUCAGCUGCAAGAACUUCUCCUGCAGCAAAUAGCUUUCAAGAACCUGGUACAGAGGAAUCGACAAAAUGAACAGCAGAACCAGGGCCCUCCAGCUCUGAACUCCACCAUUCAGCUACCAUUCAUAAUCAUCAAUACAAGCAGAAAAACAGUCAUAGAUUGCAGCAUCUCUAGUGACAAGUUUGAAUAUCUUUUUAAUUUUGACAACACCUUUGAGAUCCACGAUGACAUAGAAGUGCUGAAGCGCAUGGGAAUGUCCUUUGGCCUGGAGUCAGGCGCAUGCUCCCUGGAGGACCUGAAGCUUGCUAAAUCGCUGGUGCCAAAGGCUCUAGAAGGUUACAUCACAGAUAUCUCCACAGGACCUUCUUGGCUAAAUCAAGGACUACUUUUGAACCCUACCCAGUCAGUUUCAAAUUUAGACCUGACCACUGGUGCCACCGUAACCCAAUCAAGUGUAAACCAAGGGUUAUGCUUGGAUGCUGAAGUGGCCUUAGCAACCGGGCAGCUCCUUGCCCCAAACAGUCACCAGUCCAGCAGUGCGGCCUCUCACUGCUCUGAGUCCCGAGGCGAGACCCCCUGUUCGUUCAACGACGAAGACGAAGACGAUGAGGAGGAGGAUUCUUCCUCCCCAGAAUAAAGACAGGAGAAAAUCUACCUUUUGUUAUUUGAUGCUCAUGUGUGUUUUUAGUGUGAGCUGUUGUUUUUGAAAUGAUUGCUUCCGGCUUUGCCUUUGUUUGCACUGUGUGUUCAGUGAAAACUAGAGAAACACAAUAAGCAAAUCACGUGAAGGCUAAGAUAAUUGAGAUGAAAGUGAACAUAGCAUGAAUGAAAACUGACCAGCAGAGCAAUAGGUCACGUCGUAAACAAAGCAUGUUUUCUGAGGUGAUAGAUGAGGCCCAGUCCCUGAAGAAUGGGCAGCGUGAAUGAAGCUCAUCUAUCUUCCAUGGGGUGGGAUCUUUGUGUGCCUCCAUACCCACAGAAUUCUUGAAAUUGAGAUUGCUACAAGGAAUAGUCUUGGCGAUCAUGCUUCUCGUGUUUCUCUCUAGCCUGGGCUACCUUUUACAAGGCGGAAAUAAACAUGAAAAGUUCCAGUAGGGGGAGCUGUACAUGAGGGAUGUAAAUGGACAAUCCUUGUGGCCUAAGGAGCACAGAUUGAACUGCUGAACUAGUGGGAAGUCCAGUUGAGGUGCUUUAUGCAUCAGCUGCCUUAGACAGCUUCUAGAAAGGAGCGAGUGCUAAUUCUUAAGUACUUAAGUGAGAUUUAGAAUAAUUUAUAGUAAAACUGAAAUUAUCGUUAUUAGCCAAUGCAUUGGUGCAUAGACUAUACUAGGGCUAUUUCUGGAAGCCAAAAUAGAAUAGCAUUUCCACGUGCAUUAAAUACUUUGCCAACACUGCCUUCUGCCAGCAUUCUAAACCUGGAAUUUUACAGGGAAGGAGACUGUAUCUAUAGUUUUAAUCAUGCAUUUCAUACAGCUUUUUCAUUUAAAAGAAAACAAAGAAAUCCUUAUGAUCGAAUUGCUUGCCUACAGUUCCCUGCAGUAAUUUUAUGAUUUCACUCAGUGUGCAAUUUGUGAAACUGAACCAAGUGUCAUUACUUCUGUCUUAAAAGUCUAUUCAAGAAUAUGAACAACAGUGUUACCAUGUCACGUUUUGUACAUUUUCAUUAAUGAAAAUUACUCUGUUGGGUUUAUUCCUGGGUAAACUGCAUUUCAAACUAACCCACUAUUCAGUGUUUCAUAGAAACAUUGAAAAACGCUGAACACUCCAGAUGAUUUGAUUUAUAGUAAGGUAGUAUACAGCAUGUUGUUUUUUAGCCAAAGAUGCUGUUAGUAAUCCUGCACUGGUGUGUUCACAGUUACUGCCCCUCUGAGUAGAUGGUGUGGGGACAUCCGCCAUCAUGGCCCAACAAGGAAUCGGUUAAACUGUGACGUGUUAAAGGCAUUGGGCACAUGUAAUAGUCACAGGGGAAAAUGAGUGUGAGUCCCAAUAAUAUUUUGUAAAUUUAAAGAAAUUAUUUUGAAUUUAAAAAAAAAAUUAAGGGUAUAACUUCCAUGAGUAGAUAUCAGUUUACAAUUAAUUUCACAUUAAGGUCUUGAAAAGAGCAAAAUCAUAAUGGCAAAUUAACUCUAAAGCUUUGACCAGAAUGUAAUGGAAAGACUAACUCUAAAGCUUUGCCUGGAAUGAUUUGGGGUUCCUUGAUUAUGCAUCUAGCACCCAUGAGCUCAGCACCGAGCUCCAUCCAAACCGACCCUCCUCUCAAUCCCAUGGGGGAGGCGCAGGCUCUCUCCUGUGACACCUUGUCAAAGCUCUGCCACUGUGCUUCCACAGAGCUGGAGGUAGAUGCUUUGGCUGGCCUAAAGUUUUUAUUAAGGUUAGAAACACUGAUAAACAAGAACAUAGAACUUUAGCUUAAGCUCCUUUGAAUCAAAGCUCUCAUUCUGUCAGGAAUAAGCCAUUAGCGCAGGCUCACUCAGUCUUCACGGGGGGGCAGAGAGCUAGAGGCAGUUUUUAGAGAAUUCUGGUUUAGGUGACUUCCGGAGCACACCUCCCUGACAGGUCAGGCGGGAGGAGUCAGUCACUGCAGGGGCUGCGGCGAGUCCCCAUGGGCUGAUAGGAGACAUUUCUGACUGGGAAACUGCCAGCCGUGCACGUCAGGUCAAACUGUUUCCUCCAAACCAUCUUUUAACGGGCUGCCUGCUCCUUUGCUGAGUCCAGCCCUUCUUGUCCCUGAACUUCAGGAAGGUCCAGAGAAGCUCAUGGGCAUAGCUAGUUUUUUAGCCUUCAGAAUAGUGUGUCACACGUCCCAAGAUACAUUUCCACAUUCAGGACAGGUACGUUAGUUACAACCAAAUAGCAAAAUCCACGUUGAGUUCUUGGGAAACUGCCCGCUUCUGUGCUCUCCCCAUCUCUGCUGCCGUAGUGCUUUAAAUUGCUAAAAUAUGGGAUGGGCUUUAUAAAAGCAGCCAAAGCCUCUUAUCCUUACUGGUGGCGCUUCAUUGGCUCUCCCAGCCACAGAUGGUUGUGUCUCACUGGAAAUGGCCUCCAUUUCCCCUGUAAUGCGUUUGGGUUACUGUGAGGACACACUGUGGUCCCCAGUACCUGUGGCUGGUAUAAAACCUGACCUAAGGAAAAAAACGAGGUUGAGACGUUCAGAAAGCUACAUUCCAUUCUUCUUCUUUAUCUCCCCGUAUUUACCUGGGUCUAAAGUUCAGCACAGUGUCAGUUUUCAUAUAGGAAUUAAGGUGGAAAAGAUGUUAGGAAAUUGUUGGUGACAACAUCAAGCCUUCCUUAUAGGAAUAACACCCUGGGAUAUGUGCACGCACACAGAUCACCAUUCCAGAAGGGUGCAGGCCACACUCUGCUUUUGGGGAGUUAGCCAGGCCUUUUCCCCUUGGGAGUCAGCUUGGUGGCUGACUUUCAAGCGCAGAGUGUUGUUCAGUCAGUAACUUGCUGCCUGCUGAGCACAUGCGGGAGGCUCCCGGCAGUCCUGUUUGACCCUCAUGUGCAGAGGCAAUGCUGCCAGGGCUCGGCAGUGCUGAAGGCUGCCAGGGGCAAGUGAGAAGGCACCUACCCAGGCUUCCCCUCGCCCUUCUCCACUGUCACUCUCUCAUCCCCUUAAACUUUCAUGUCCAGGUGGUGCCGAGCUGUUCAGUGAGCGCUGGUAUGAACUGUGCCUUAUGGUCACGGAGGACCUUGGGGAGGGGUAGAGAGGAGGUGCUGAUGUACUGGCUCUUCACCUCUCAGCGCUGCCCACUGUCCUGGAAAACUUCACGAAUCACGACCACAAAACCGUUUUGCUUCCUUCCAUUGAAUUCUUUACGGAAGCGCUGGGGAGAAAAGUCUCUGCGGGUGCUGCCAUCUUACCAGGGUGAAAGAGGGCAGCUCCCCCCAUUAGCAGAUUUACAGUUGUAACUGUACUCUGCCAUACUUGACAAUAAUGGCAGACCUCAGAAACAAGUCAGCCUUUAUCAGAUACUUCACAUGGAUGCAUUUCAUGAAGCAGUGACUCAGUUUAGCCGUGCAGACAUCUAUAACUCUGCUCUUUGCUAAACCACAACUCUGGCUAUUUGAGUGGUAGAGACAGACAACAGGUAUAGAUGUGGCCUGGGUCCCUGGUACAGUCAGGACACCAUGGGGUGGGGGCAUGUUAGUGUUAUCCUCGUAGCAGAGGACGGGGACUGCCUCAGCUUUUUCUACCACAACCACACAGAGAAUGCGAGAGAGAAGCCUAUUUAACUUCAGAAAACAUUCGCUUCAGGACCCUUUAAUACCUGUCAAGCUCCCCUCAGGCAUAUAAAAUAAGUAACAAAAUGGAUCAUCCCUACGCAACAACUCAAUGAGGUAGACUUUAGAACUGCCAUCUUAGUGGUCCAUAUCGGGUGGGGGUUAGACAGUGAAUGUAAUGUGUAUUCCUUCAUGCAAUAAGUACUUUAGCAUCUGUUAGGCACUGGGACGGAACAGGGACAGACGGCCCUGCCCUCAUAGAACUCAGCGUUUUACGGAAAACAGACGAUCACAAAGAAAACAUUCAGAAUCAUCAGUGCUACAGAAAAAACCAGCAACCGGGCAGUGAGGCAGUGGAGGCAAGCUACUAUAGCUGGGGUGGCCUGGGCGGGCCCCUCUGAGAAAGUCCUGAAUCAGCCAGUUGAAAGAUAAACACCUCUAUAGCUAUCUUCCACCACACUACCCAUAACAUGUGCUUGGGAUCACUACUAAAUUCUGAAGACCCCACUGUUCCAGUUUUAAGCAUGCAUUUUGGGUUUGGUUAAGGAACUUUUUUUUCUUUUUUUACAUAACUGUGCAAUUUUAUUUAAACAAAAUUCAAGAAUAGACAAAACUACUAUUUAGUAAUAGAAAUGAAAAUAGACAUUGUCACUGAUGGUGACUAUUGACUGCAAAGGGGCCCUCGGGAUCUUUUUGUUGUUAAGGAACUUUUGAGAUUUAAAAGAAAACCAAAAGUAUCUACCAGCAGUAUCCAUAAACCAAAGGAAGAUUCUGACUAACCCAUGAGCUUCUGAUUAUUGCCUUUGUUACUUGACAAUUGAACUUAUACAGUAGAAAAGUGAUUUGAAAUGGAGAACUCUUCUACGUUUUCUCAUAGUUCUCCAAGUUGUUGGAUACAUAAAAAUAUCUGCCUUUUGUGUUGGAUACAGAAAAGAUGGUCUACUUUUAUUCUGCACAUGGGCUGGCUUUGGUGAAACUGAUGACUACCCAAGGACCACUUUCCCAGAAGAAGUCCCCAUUCUCAUGCACCCAAAGUAGUGGUCCCAAGCACUCAUGAUGUAUAUUGUACACUGCCCCAGAAGCCUGCACCAUGCCAUUCAAGUGACUCCGCAGUGGGCCUCCCCGCCCCCUAACAUGCAGUGCAUACGAUGGUGAAUAACCUAGGUGCUAGGGAAAUGCUAAAGUGUCACUUGCUGUCGGUUUAACUUUCACUCAACCCAAACACUGUUGCUCAAAAAGAAAAAGCUUGAUUUUUUUUUUUGCUUAAGAUUUUACCUUUUAAGAAAAUAUUCAAGCUAAAUGCCCACAUAAACUAUAACAUUUCUCAGGUAACAGCCCCUUUAUGUAACCAAGAUAUCCCUGAAGUUAUACAUAGAUAAUCUCUGGGAUGCAACUUUCCCACAUACGUCUACACUCAUACUCCCGAAAGGGACACUAAAGUUUCACCUGGUUGUGCUUUAGGAGUCCCUGACAGGAACAGUAUGCCUAUAUGAUAGCAGCCUCAUCCAUUCACCAUCGUAUCGACACAGGAGAAAGUGUGUUCAUCCAGUAGGUGUAUUCUGCGCAGCUGUUGUCUUAGGCAGGUUGAUCCUGUAUCAUUCAUUCUUACAAAGCCUUUGCUUUAGAAAAAGACUUAUAGAAUCCAGUGCUGUCUUGACCACUUGCUACUCCAGCAGAUUGGACUUUGGUCCUCCCUGCUCAUAGCUGGAUUGGAAGCAUGGCAGCUGAACCAUAGAGAGGUAUUGGCCUGCCUGUUCUCCACCAAGGAUCUCAGGUUGGAGAGAUCAGCUCUUCAAACCCUUAUUAGAGAUGAGGUACGAGUGGAGAGCAUGGCUUGCCCAAGGGCCCUCAGCUUAUCUGUGGCAGAGCCUGUACCAAAACCCUGAAUUUCUUCCAACGAGGGCCACAUUGCCUUCUGAAAACCACACCCUCUCCAAAUCCUUCCAGAUGGCUGUUGGCUUUGUAUCAGUCCUCUGUCACUCCAAGUGCCAAAUAGCUGGGGAGCAGAAGUGGGACUCCGCCUCUCCUGAGUCCCAGUGUGAGACUGUGGUGUCAGUUUGAGGCCUUUCCCAACUCAGGAGACCCGGGUUUAGACAGUCACACCUGGGAAGAAAAUCAUUCCUCCACCGGCAAAGAUUGUCAUUCACAUUGGUAGGGGUCUUAAGCGGUUAGGUUACCAACAGGCCCUCUGUAGCCCAUUAGCUUUUUCCGUCCAUGUCUGUCUCAACAGGGAGACUUACUUACCAAGGCCGUUUGUGGGCCUUAAAACCCAACACUGUGUCCUGCUUCAUCAUUGUCACCUGCCUUGCUUUAUUGUCAACAUGAUGGGCACCAUCUAAUAGCAAAUAGCCUCAUGAUUUUGCUUGUUCACAACUGGGGUUAAAGAUUGUUUUCAUGCUAAGAGAUCCCUGAAGGCCCAGUCACUUUUCCACUAA